AUGUUGUAUGGGCGAAAAUGUAGGACUCCUAGUUGUUGGUUAGAACCUGGUAAAAAGCAGUUUGUUGGGCCAGAAAUCGUUCAGAUAACUGCUAAUAAAGUGAAUAUUGCUAAAGAAGCGCUUAAGGUGGCAAGAGAUCGUCAAAAGACUUAUGCAGAUCAAAAGAGACGACCUAUGGAGUUCAAGGUGGGUGAUAUGGUUAUGUUGAAAGUGUCGCCUUGGAAGGGUAUCAUUCGUUUUGGUAAGCGUGGUAAGCUGAGUCCUCGUUUUAUUGGACCAUUUAAAGUCUUGGAGCGAGUCAAUCAGCAAGCCUAUAAAUUGGAUCUUCCUCCUGAGUUAGAGAUAAGUGUAAUUCCUUUGGAAGAUAUUAGCAUUGAUCCAAAGAAGAAGAUGGUGGAUGAACCGGUUGAGAUUCUUGGCCGGAAACAAAAGAAGCUUCGUAGAAAGGUAAUUGAUCUUGUGUUGAUUAAAUGGAGGCAUAAUAAAGGUGAGAGCUUGACAUGGGAGACUGAAGCAGUGAUGAGGGAUCGUUACCCGCAUUUGUUUGUUGCUAAGUAG